GAAUUAGCCUAAGUUCUUAAAGAUGGCGGCGGAGCGGAGUCGCUCCCCGGUGGAGUCGCCGGUGCCGGCCUCGAUGUUCGCCCCCGAGCCCAGCUCUCCGGGGGCGGCCCGGGCCGCGGCGGCUGCGGCACGACUCCACGGCGGCUUCGACUCGGACUGCAGCGAGGACGGCGAGGCGCUCAACGGCGAGCCGGAGCUGGACCUCACCAGCAAGCUGGUUCUAGUGAGCCCUACAUCAGAGCAGUAUGACAGCCUACUUCGGCAGAUGUGGGAGAGGAUGGACGAGGGAUGCGGAGAGACCAUAUAUGUCAUUGGGCAGGGAUCAGAUGGGACUGAGUACGGACUGAGUGAAGCUGACAUGGAGGCCUCCUACGCCACAGUGAAGAGCAUGGCGGAACAGAUAGAGGCUGAUGUCAUCUUAUUGCGCGAGCGUCAAGAAGCUGGUGGCCGUGUGCGUGAUUACUUAGUCAGGAAACGAGUUGGAGACAAUGACUUCCUGGAGGUCAGGGUGGCAGUGGUGGGCAACGUGGAUGCUGGCAAAAGCACGCUCCUGGGAGUCCUAACACACGGAGAGCUGGACAAUGGCCGUGGCUUUGCCCGCCAGAAACUCUUCCGUCACAAACAUGAGAUUGAAUCUGGUCGAACCAGCAGCGUGGGCAAUGACAUUCUGGGCUUUGACAGUGAAGGCAAUGUAGUGAACAAGCCGGACAGCCACGGUGGCAGCCUCGAAUGGACAAAGAUCUGUGAAAAGUCCACUAAGGUGAUUACUUUCAUUGACCUGGCUGGCCACGAGAAGUACCUUAAGACCACUGUUUUUGGCAUGACUGGCCAUUUGCCUGACUUCUGCAUGCUCAUGGUGGGCAGUAAUGCUGGCAUCGUGGGGAUGACCAAGGAGCACUUGGGAUUGGCAUUGGCACUCAAUGUACCUGUCUUUGUGGUUGUCACCAAGAUUGACAUGUGUCCUGCCAACAUCCUUCAAGAAACCCUGAAGCUGCUACAGCGCCUGCUGAAGUCACCAGGUUGCCGGAAGAUCCCUGUCUUGGUGCAGAGCAAAGACGAUGUGAUUGUCACAGCCUCCAACUUCAGCUCUGAGAGGAUGUGCCCGAUAUUCCAGAUCUCCAAUGUCACAGGCGAGAACCUUGAUCUGCUCAAGAUGUUCCUCAACCUCCUGUCCCCCCGCACCAGCUACAGGGAGGAAGAACCUGCCGAGUUCCAGAUAGAUGACACCUAUUCUGUCCCUGGUGUGGGGACAGUGGUGUCUGGGACCACGCUGAGGGGCCUGAUCAAGCUGAAUGACACACUGCUGCUGGGCCCAGACCCCUUGGGUAACUUCCUGUCCAUCGCUGUCAAGUCCAUCCAUCGCAAGCGCAUGCCUGUCAAGGAGGUGAGGGGGGGCCAGACAGCCUCCUUUGCCCUGAAGAAGAUAAAGCGCUCAUCCAUCCGGAAAGGCAUGGUGAUGGUUUCCCCACGCCUGAAUCCCCAAGCCUCCUGGGAAUUUGAGGCUGAGAUUCUUGUCCUCCACCAUCCCACCACAAUUAGUCCACGUUACCAAGCCAUGGUACACUGUGGGAGCAUCCGGCAGACAGCUACCAUUCUGAGCAUGGAUAAAGACUGUUUGCGCACAGGAGACAAGGCCACUGUCCACUUCCGCUUCAUCAAGACCCCUGAGUACCUGCACAUAGACCAGCGGCUGGUGUUCCGGGAAGGUCGCACCAAGGCUGUUGGCACCAUCACCAAGCUCCUCCAGACAACCAACAACUCCCCCAUGAACUCCAAGCCCCAGCAGAUUAAAAUGCAGUCCACAAAAAAGGGCCCCCUGAGCAAACGAGAAGAAGGAGGUCCAUCUGGCAUGCCAGCGGCUGGGGGGCCCCCAACUGGAGAUGAAGCUUCCUCUCUAGGGACUGCACAGGCUGCUACAUCCAGUGGUCUCCAGCCACAGCCCAAGCCCAGCAGUGGGGGCCGGCGACGAGGGGGCCAGCGCCACAAGGUGAAGUCCCAGGGGGCCUGUGUGACUCCUGCCAGCGGCUGCUGAAUAUUCCCCUGGUCCACUUGACCACCCAUGGGAUCCUCACUCUGGCUACUGCUCACCAGCUGGGCAGAGCAUCUUUGACCGCCACCCGCCCACUCCAGCCCACAGCCAGAGCAUCCUUGUUGCCACACCCCCAUUUUCCAGGGGGCGAUUAUAAUUUAUAAGAUGAGGAUGGACUAGAUGUCUGAGGACUGACCAUCAUCUCCCACCUGCCUCCUCCCUUACUCACGUCUUUCGUACAUCUGGGCCCUUAAUUUCUAUUCUUUUUAUUAUAUAUCUCUGUCUUGUAUGUGUGUGCGUGUGCGUGUGCGUGUGCGUGUGCGUGUGCGUGUGUGUGUGUGUGUGUGUGUGUGUGUAGGGGGUGUGUGCAGGAGUGCAGCUGACCCUGUCAGUCUCCGUUUCAGUCCUGGCUGACCACUAGCCUUCAAGAGCUGCCCCCUGUCCUUCCAUCCAUCUGUAUCUGUCUCAAUGAGAUCCUCAGAGCCUUUAGGGAACCUCAGGAGCCCAAGGCACCUCUCUUCCCUGGCCAGUUGCCCCUCUUAGCUAGAAGCUCUUCUUUGGCUUAAUAGCUUGUGCCAGAGCAGGGAUCCCCCAAUCUAAGAUUUGGGGAGUUUAAUGGAAAGUGGUGGCCUCCCCUAUCUCUCCUUUUCCCUCCUAAGCUCCCAAGCAGGUAAUGCCAAAAGCUCUUCAGUGGCACCUGUGAUCUGUAGAGGGCAUGGUGACUGCAUUAUAGGAUUGCCCAUCCUGACUUUUUUGUUGUUUUUUUUUUUUGAGACAGGGUUUCUCUGUGUAGUCCUGGCUGUCCUGGAACUCAAUCUGUAGACCAGGCUGACCUCGAACUCACAGAGAUCUGCCUGCCUCUGCCUCCCAAGUGCUGGGAUUAAAGGCAUGCGCCACCACCGCCUGGCUGCCCACCCUGAUUCUUGACCCUUGCAGUGGAUCCAAAGAACUGGGUGGGCUUACCCUUGGAGACAAUCCUGGGCUUGCCUGGCUGGCCCUGGCUGCUCUGGCUUCUGUACCCGCUGGAGGCUCUUCCUGUUUCCACUUAGAUCUCUGGCUGAACCUCAGAGCGUGGGGUACUAGACUGGGUCUGGGCCUUCUUUGAAUCGGGUUUUAUAGUACCUCCUUUUGGUGGGGGAGGGGAGAUGCUUCUCUGAGUUGAACCAGGACUAGAAACCCUCCUUUCCCACAUCACCCCAACAUAGCUGCUACAGCCAUGGCAUCACAGCAGUGAAAGAUCUGAGCCCAGAUGUCCCAUUGGGGUGUGUAAGGGCAGUGGCAGUAGAGAGUCUUCUAGGCCAUCAAAAGCACUGCUGCUGGGGGAGGGUGGCGAGCCCUGCACCCUGACCUCAGGCUGGGGUGCUCCUUCUCAGCCAGGACACACCCAGCUGGCUGGGUCCCUCUUCAGCCCCACCUCCCUCCCAAGCUCUCUCUUGUCCUUUGCUCCUGACCGCUCUUACCGCCCUGCCCUUCCUUCCAGCAGUUUCUAGUUACCACUGCCCCGUGGCCAUGGACUGACCAGACCAGCAUUCACAAUAAAAGUUUGUUCUAAGUUGA